AAGCUCAACACCACACUCCACCUCUCCGUGGUGCCACGCUCUGCGCUCAGUUUGGGCAAGGAGAGACAGCUGGUGGCCGCCUUCCAGAUCUCCAGCCCCGAGAACUUGAACGAGGAGGAGCCUGCAGCCGCGACGAACUUUGCCACGUUCAAGGCAGGCCAAAGCUCUGUGGGAUCCACUACCAACCCCAGCAGUGACGAGGGCUCAUCCCAUGGCAUUGUCGCUAACCUCGCCGAUCUCACCAAGCUUGGUGCAUCGGCGAUGCUUGGCACCCCGGAGGUCACCGAUGAGGCCAGCAACUACUUCGGCCACACUCUCACUUCUGCGGAGACCUGCCUGAAUCUGCAAGAGCAUCAUCCGGAGACCAUGUCACAUUUGGGCGCCUUCGCGCAACAACAGGUGGCCGUGGGUGCCGUGGCUUUCGACGCUCGCAUCGUGGGUGUUUGGGAAGGCAACGUGGCGAAGGCUUUGGGUGGCUAUCGCCAGCGUAUCGAGUUCCUCAACGAUUGCUUGCAUGCGAACGUCACUGUCAUGGGGCAGACUCUCUCAGCUGUCUUCCGCAUGGAUGCGUCCAAGGGCCACCUGGACAUUGAAGUGCUCCCAAGCGGAAGCAGCUGUCCGCCGCCGGCUAUCCCCUACAUCUUCAAGUUCCAGGAGGGCUGCUUGCACCUCUGUGGGCCGGGGACCUCCAGCCUGAAGCGACCACAAGGCUUCGAUGGCCCCGGACUCUGCAUCAUGGAGCGCGUGCAGAAGUUGGUGGAGCCUGUGGCGCCGCGCUCGCAGCGUUCCUUCGCGCCCGAGAUUGAGCCCGACCCAGAGUUCUUCAGCCGCCACACUACCGAAGAGACGAAGUCUCAGGCCUCGAUGCGCUCCACGCGCCUCAAGGAGGAGCUGAACCAAUUGGGACAGGGCCAGAUUCCAAAGGCCUACAGUCCGAAGAUCUUCAGCUGGAUUGAAGAACAGCCCGCAGUGGCCGCUUCUGCUUUGGUCGCCAUGACUAGUGCUGUCAUCGCACUGCGCAAGUCGCUCUGA